AUGGAUUUUUCACAAAUAUGUCGUGUCUGUCUGCAAUCAAAUAAACAAAUGUUUGAUAUUUACAACAGUUACACCAAAAACAAUAUAUUAUAUUGUGAAAUGUUGUCUUAUUGUACUAAAGUUAAGCCUAGCAAAGAAGAUGCAUUACCACAGUUACUAUGCAAAGAUUGCUGUAGGCAGUUACGAAGGACUUAUGCUUUUAAUAAACAAUGUGAAGAUAGCGAUUUAAAAUUAAAACAAUGUUUGGAUAACUUACAUUCAUCUAAAUAUGGAGAAUCUGGUUUUAUUUGUGAUACUACAGAGAAUUUGAAAAACAAUCUUGAGUUGAAACCAUUAAAUCACAUCGAAACCACAACACAUAUUUUAGGAAAAGUACAUAAUUUAAAAAGUAAAGAAGAAACAUUAUCACAGCUUAGGAUUGACAUAAAGACUGAGCCUAAUUAUGAUGUAGCAAAUGAUGAAUCCUUUUGGAUGGAAGACAAUGGUGAUGAUGAUGAAGUUACUUUGCCAGAAAAACCAAAAGCCAAAAGGAAGAAAGAUGAAGAAGAAGAAAAGCCAAAGAAAAAGAGAGGAAGGAAGAAAAAAGUUUGUCCAGAUGGCGAAACGUCAUUACCAGAAAGCAAACUGCCUCACCAGUGUGAUGUUUGUGGGAAAAUAUUAAGUACAAAAAGUAACCUCAAAGCACAUAAGAUAUGUCACACUGAUUUAAGGCCAUAUAAAUGCACCGACUGUCCAGCCACGUUUAGAGGACACAGUGCUCUAUUUCAACACAAGAAGGUUCAUACUGGUGAAACUCCAUAUCACUGCCAGUACUGUCCGAAACAAUUCAGUCGGCGAACAGGACUUGUCAACCACAUACGCAUGCACACAGGUGAAAAAUUGUACAGUUGUGAUAUUUGUUUCAAGAAUUUUGUUCAGAGCGCACAACUUUCAAUACAUAUGAAAAGACACAAAGGGGACAAAUCAUUCUUAUGUCAGGAUUGUGGUAAAGGUUUUCCGAUCAAAUCGGACUUGAAAGUUCACCAACGAAUUCAUAACGGUGAGAAACCUUACGCGUGCCAUCUCUGUACGAAGACAUUUGCCACCUCUGGAAACCUGUCAAUACAUGUUCGUAUACAUAAUAAGGAAGUCAGAUACAACUGCAAAGUAUGCCAUCGAGGUUUCGUGACCCGUAGUGCUUAUAAUGUGCAUGUCAAACGACACAAAGGGCAAAGGGAUUAUCACUGUGAAUGCGGAAAAAUGUUCUACACAUCAUCUGCACUCAAACAACACAAAGUCGUUCACACCGGAGAGAAGAAAUAUCAAUGCAAGAUUUGCGAGAGGAAAUUCACACAAACGAGCCAUCUUAGCCGCCACUUCAAAAGGGAUCACAUGAAACCAAAUGCCCCAGUGCCUUCAUCUGAUUACUAUAAGACAGUGUUGCAAGAGGGGAGUAAAGUGUUUAAUAUGCUUGGAGACAAUGUACCAAAAGUAGACUCUGGUGUGAAAUGUGAAAAUUCUUAA